AGGCUCCAUUCAUCAUACAUGGUCAUACACGUUCAGGGUGCGCGCACACUGGCUGCAUAGUGAAAAUUACGGAAAGCAACACAUCACGGAGUUCAAAGCUGUCACAUGAUCAGCGCGGCACGUCGUUUAGUACGAGACGGGUAUGUUCAACCGAAACCAAUUCCUAGUUUAGUGUCUGGACAGAGAAACAGUAAUAGAACGUAAAAAAGCAUCCUUCUCUGGCACUUCGGUGCGCUUUCUCACGAGCACCUUCAACGGGAAUUGGAUACGAUCGCCAUGGGCCUUGUUUGAUCGGCGACAUUGCACGGCUUGGUGAAAGAUAGUAGAAGUGAGGGAGUGAUAGAGUGAAGUGAGUUUCUCUUGGGGGGCGGAAGUACUCAAAAAGAUCUAAUAAAACGAGCAUCUCUUACAGAGGAAAAUGGUCAAACGAGUGCCAUGGAGAAGUUUCCACUGAAGGGUACUUCCACGUCAACUGCCUCAAGUCAUCCUGCGCUCUCAAGCACAUUAACAACAUAUCAUUCAGUAGAUGCCAAGAAUGGAAAUGGCGUAGACAGUAAUACUGGUGAUGCCAGACUCCGGAGUACUGUCACUAAUUGCACUGGAAGUCUUAGUAGCGACGAAGACAUGUUGGACGUAAAUCACCAUACAACUGCUUCCCAUACAGCUGGAAAUAAUGCCUUCCUGGAGAGGAGCGUACGCCUGGAUGAUGCUUCAUCGCAUUGUGGGGUUACUUUUUCGGGACUCCAGGUCUCGGGAGACUCAGAGGAUAUCCCCGGCAUUGGCCAAUAUGAGGAUUUCCACACUAUAGACUGGCAGCGCGAUAUAGCCCGGGAUCGUAUGAGACAUCGUUAUAUAGUCAAGAAGAAGCAUGACUCCAUUUGGGAUCUGAUCAAGGGUGCUCACGAUGCUUGGUCAGGAUGGCUUUGCGUCCUGUUGGUGGGUCUCUUCACAGGCGUUGCUGCUGGUGUUAUAGACAUUGGGGCUUCGUGGAUGACGGACUUGAAGUUUGGAAUAUGUCCUCAAGCAUUUUGGCUCAAUAAGGAACAAUGCUGUUGGAGUUAUAAUGAGACGACUUUUGAUGGUGGAAACUGCACUCAGUGGAAAUCCUGGCCAGAGGUCUUUAAACAGUCUAAGGACGGAGCAGGACCUUACAUAAUUUCCUACCUGUUUUACACAGCGUGGGCUUUAUUGUUCGCAUCGCUUUCUGCAUCCUUAGUCAGGAUGUUCGCGCCAUAUGCUUGUGGUUCCGGUAUACCUGAGAUUAAAACUAUACUCAGCGGAUUUAUUAUACGUGGGUAUCUGGGUAAGUGGACCCUGAUCAUCAAGUCUGUCGGCUUAAUACUCUCCGUCUCGUCUGGUCUGAAUCUUGGCAAGGAAGGUCCUAUGGUACACAUAGCUUGUUGCAUUGGAAACAUAUUUUCAUAUCUAUUUCCAAAAUAUGGCCGUAAUGAGGCCAAAAAACGUGAGAUAUUAUCGGCGGCCGCUGCAGCUGGUGUAUCUGUUGCUUUCGGUGCUCCGAUCGGCGGAGUGCUAUUCAGCUUGGAGGAGGUUAGUUAUUACUUUCCGCUGAAGACUCUGUGGAGAUCAUUUUUCUGUGCGCUGAUCGCUGCUUUUGUACUAAGAUCUAUCAAUCCCUUUGGUAACGAACACUCAGUACUGUUCUACGUAGAGUAUAACAAACCUUGGAUAUUCUUCGAGCUGGUGCCGUUUGUAAUGCUGGGCAUAAUGGGUGGCGUAAUCGCGACCAUAUUUAUUAAAGCUAAUUUAUAUUGGUGUCGUUACCGUAAAACUUCAAAACUUGGCCAGUAUCCAGUAACCGAGGUUCUUGUAGUAACAGUUGCCACAGCUAUUAUAUCUUAUCCAAAUCCUUACACGAGGAUGAACACAAGUCAAUUGAUCUACUUACUCUUCAGUCAGUGCGGAGUGUCUAACGCUGACAUUUUAUGUGACUACAACCGUAAUUUCACGGACGUCAAUUCAGCUAUAGAAAUUGCAGCUGCCGAGCCCGGAGUUUAUAAGGCAGUAUGGCUCCUGGUUUUGGCGCUUAUAUUGAAACUAAUAAUGACCAUCUUCACCUUCGGCAUGAAAGUGCCCUGCGGUUUAUUCAUACCGUCCUUAUGUCUGGGUGCGAUUAUGGGUCGCAUCGUCGGUAUCGGAAUGGAACAAUUAGCAUACAAUUAUCCACACAUCUGGAUGUUCAGCGAGGAAUGCUCCACCGGAGUGGACUGUAUCACUCCAGGUUUAUACGCGAUGGUCGGUGCUGCUGCUGUGCUCGGUGGUGUCACGAGAAUGACUGUGUCCCUCGUUGUCAUCAUGUUCGAACUCACCGGUGGUGUCAGAUACAUCGUACCCCUUAUGGCCGCUGCUAUGGCUAGCAAGUGGGUCGGCGACGCCCUUGGGAAACAGGGAAUCUACGAUGCACACAUCGGUCUCAACGGCUAUCCCUUCUUGGACAGUAAAGAUGAGUUCCAGCAUACAACUCUUGCAGCUGACGUUAUGCAGCCCAAACGUAACGAAGCUCUCCACGUGCUCACGCAGGACUCUAUGACAGUUGACGAUGUGGACACUCUCCUUAAGGAAACAGAGCAUAAUGGCUUCCCUGUGAUAGUUUCCAGAGAGUCGCAAUACCUCGUUGGUUUUGUCUUAAGACGAGAUCUUAAUCUGGCUAUCGCUAAUGCCAAACGAAUGAUGGAAGGCAUCAGUGGACAAUCACUUAUUAUUUUUACUAACGGAAACAAUGUUCAGACUCAUGGACCUCCACCACUUAAGCUCAAGAAGAUUCUCGAUAUGGCACCCAUAACCAUAACUGAUCAAACGCCCAUGGAGACUGUUGUAGAUAUGUUCAGAAAACUGGGCUUACGACAAACACUUGUUACGCAUAAUGGGCGUCUUCUUGGUGUUAUCACAAAAAAGGACGUUCUGAGACACGUGAAGCAGCUUGACAAUGAGGAUCCCAAUUCGGUUUUGUUUAAUUAAGAUUCCGUAAGUGGGUCCAAAAUAAGAAUUACAAUUAUUCGAAGACAUGGGUAAUCGAUCACUUGAAAUCAUCUCGACACUCAUCACAAUUGUAAUAGCGAAAACGACUUCUAGUCUCAUAAUGAUGACUUUUAUUUUCGGUAUCUGGUAUUAUUUGCCAUUCUGGGUGAGUUUUUUUUCUUACUUUUUUUUUUAUUGCUCUUAGUAAUGAAUUAUGUGAGAAUGCCCCUCUCCGAUGCCAACGCCAAUAUCCUUAUAUCACUAUAUUUCUUUCAUUGUCUUAACUUUUUCCUGUGGUUAUUUUUAGUUUUUAUUUUUAACUGAAGUGAAUAGUAUAAUUUCCACGGGUAAGUCACAAUGCUGAAAAGUUGCUGUGAUGAGCGGUGAUGAAAGGAUAAUAACGAAUCGCGAAGGAAUAUUUGAUUUUUGAGAAUUGAGAGACAAAGGAAUUUGGCAAAUCGGACGCUUGAAAGUAGAUCCAUCUGCCAGAGUUCUUCAGGUUGGAACAAAUGUCCAGAUUACAUUGUACGAUAGCUAUAGUACAGGCAGCGUAUUGUUUAAUCAUAAUUUAUCAAUGUACAAGAGCAAUCGUAACCGAAUUCAUUUAUAAAUUAAUUAACUUUGUAUAUUCGAGUAAGGAACAGUUGUGUCUGAUGCACACCAUGGCUAUAUCUUUAGCUCAUGCAAAAGUCGAAGCUCUUAGACGGUGGACAUGUUCUAAUUGUUAACGUCAUUGUAAAAGGGUGGAUAAACUUGUGCCCAAAAAUAAGGAAUUACGUUCGCGCAGACGUUCCGUUAAUCGGGAGUUUCAAAACUUUGCCAAACGAGAAACAUAGUGAAAAACAAAUGAAUAAGAAUCAGUAUACUGGGAAAAGGAUAAACAAAUUUCUUCACAACGCAGUUACAAAUAUUUUAUUUUUUCAUUUUAUUAAAACGCAAUGUAAGAUCAGAUCUACUUUUUCCAUUAGGUGUAGAUAACAAUUAUACAAGGAAUGGAAUAUUCCUGGAAUAUUUAAUCCCAAUUAAUGUAUGUACUAUGAUAUUCAUUAACUGUACAUGGACACUAGUUAUUGUAAGGUAUAUGUAUCUCAUUGUGGUAUAUAUACAUGUAUUUAUCUAUUUAUACAUAUACCAAUGCGCUAGAUUGUCGUAUGUCUAUAUGUAUAUUUACAUAUGUAUCUAAUUGAUAUUAAUCGAAUCUGUAUAUACGAAUCCAAAAGUGAUAAAGAGAAUUAUACAAAUUAAUGAACAUCCAAUUAGACUUGCUACACGAAUUACAUUGUAAUAACAAUUUAAAUGUAUGAUGUAUAUAUGAAAUAUAUAAAGAGUUAGUAAUAAAAAGGUGAUGAAGAAAA